AUGUCUUAUAUAAAACGACUUUGUUUGGUGCAUGUUCUUCGGUUAAUAGCUUUUGCAGGUAGCUUAGCUAGCUAGCUUGAAAACAGUUGCGAAUGAGAGCUAACAGCACAGAAGACAACAUUUGAUAACUUAAAGUAGCACAUCAACACUUUUGAAUGUCGAAUGAUAAUCGCCACAUCAUUUCCUCGGCCAGAGUUCAUACAGUGAAAACAUGUCCAGCUCUUCUCACCUCCACUGCGCGCUACAGCAGCGCCUCCUCCACCAAACAACUUCAAAACUCAUCCAUUGCAGCUGAUGACAUACUUCUCAGUGAAUCCUGUGUCAAGAGGAUUGCUGAGAUUAUGGGUAAGGGAGAGUAUCUGAGGUUAUCAGUGGAGGGAGGGGGAUGUUCAGGAUUCCAGUAUAAAUUCUCAGUGGAUGCUGUUAGAAACGAAGAUGACAGAGUGUUUGAAAGAAAUGGUGUUGGGAUAAUAAUUGACCAGGACAGUCUGGAAUUUGUGAAAGGAUCCACUAUUGACUUCAGUCAGGAGCUCAUCCGCUCUUCCUUUCAGGUGUUGAAGAACCCACAGGCUGAACACGGCUGCUCAUGCGGCUCGUCCUUCUCUGUGAAGUUCUGACACACAUUCUCUCUCCAUCAAUUUAUGUAGUUAUUAAUGCAUGCAUGGCUAUGUGCUUCUUUAAGAUCAGAAGCGUAAUAAUAAGCUAACGUUAGAGAUUCUGAUAUAUGUUUAAACUUAUUGAUAUGGCCACAAAUGACAUGAUGGAAGAAAAUCACAACCUACAGAUGUUAGCGUGUUGUAUAUAAGGAAGAUUGUAAAUAUAUUUCUAAUAAAGUUAUAAGAUUAUAAAAUUU